ACACAUUCUUUCCGGGGAAAAUAUAAAAUAAAAAGAACGCCAACACACCCACAUCGGUUUGUAGUUCAGGAAAGACCACACAAACUUUACCUCCACCACGAGAUGUCCCCAAAGUCCCGGUUAGCUUAUGUCUUGUCUCUCUUCACUCUUUCUCCAUUUGAUGGUAAGCUUUCAACUCUUAUGCCCUGUUAAUUCAAUAAUUAACUUCAAUUACGUGUGAGUUUCGCAAGGCCUUUGUGAAAUUCAUACAUAUACCCAUUUCAGUUUCUCCAGUUUUUUCUGGCUUUGUUGCAACUGUGUAUGCAAUGUUGGAAGUCUGUUAGUGAUUACUUCUUGUCCUGUGUAAUUCCUUAAAUAAAAGGCUUGAUCAUUGGUGGGAGUUCAUGCUGAUCUGAGAAUUAGGGCAACUCUUGAAAUUCAGAUUGUGUGUUUGGAGAAUAUUUGGAGACCCAGUUGAGAUUUUGGUGGAAUAAUUUGAACGAUAAUUGAAGUUUUAUGGAUACUUUGCUUAAGACUCAUAGUAAGCUUACAUUUCUGCACCCACUUCAUGGGUUUGCAGAAAAAGUUGGUAGUUUGAGCUCUUUCAAUUUUCAUAAUAAGGAGGAUAGGUUUGGUUCCAAAAAACCUCAACUGAAAUGGGGUAAGAAAGUUUGUGUUAAGUCCAGUAGCAGUGCCCUUUUGGAGCUUGUUCCAGAAACCAAAAAGGAAAGUCUUGAAUUUGAGCUUCCCAUGUAUGACCCUUCAAAGGGCCUUGUAGUGGAUCUAGCAGUUGUGGGAGGCGGCCCUGCAGGGCUUGCUGUAGCACAACAAGUUUCAGAGGCGGGACUUUCAGUUUGCUCCAUUGACCCAUCUCCCAAAUUGAUAUGGCCCAAUAAUUAUGGUGUUUGGGUGGAUGAGUUUGAGGCUAUGGAUUUGCUUGAUUGCCUAGACACUACCUGGUCUGGGGCUGUUGUAUAUGUCAAUGACCAGUCAACUAAAAAUCUUGAUAGACCUUAUGGUAGGGUUAACAGAAAGCAGUUGAAAUCAAAAAUGAUGCAGAAAUGCAUAUUAAAUGGGGUCAAGUUCCAUCAAGCUAAGGUUAUAAAAGUUAUCCACGAGGAAUCCAAAUCUUUGUUGAUCUGCAAUGAUGGGGUCACAAUUCAGGCUGCUGUAGUUCUUGAUGCAACUGGCUUCUCCAGAUGCCUUGUUCAGUAUGAUAAGCCUUAUAAUCCAGGGUACCAAGUGGCUUAUGGGAUUGUGGCGGAAGUAGAAGAGCACCCUUUUGAUUUGAAUAAGAUGGUUUUCAUGGAUUGGAGAGAUUCCCAUCUUAAUAACAAUAUGGAACUAAAAGAAAGAAAUAGGAGGAUCCCCACAUUCCUUUACGCGAUGCCGUUUUCAUCCGAGCGAAUAUUUCUUGAAGAAACCUCGCUUGUAGCUCGUCCUGGAGUAUCAAUGGAAGACAUUCAGGAAAGAAUGGUGGCUCGAUUAAGGCACUUAGGCAUAAAAGUUAAAAGCAUUGAAGAGGAUGAGCGUUGCGUGAUUCCAAUGGGGGGGCCUCUUCCGGUGAUCCCUCAGAGAGUUGUUGGAAUUGGUGGUACAGCUGGGAUGGUGCACCCUUCAACUGGGUAUAUGGUAGCACGGACUCUAGCUGCAGCUCCAAUUAUCGCCAAUUCAAUAGUUCAGUACUUUGGUUCUGAGAGAAGCUGUUUGGGAAAUGAAUUAUGUGCAGAAGUUUGGAAAGAUUUGUGGCCUAUAGAAAGGAGACGCCAAAGGGAGUUUUUUUGUUUUGGCAUGGAUAUUUUGCUUAAGCUUGAUUUACAUGCCACGAGAAGGUUCUUUGAUGCUUUCUUUGACCUAGAACCGCGUUACUGGCAUGGAUUUUUGUCGUCGCGGCUAUUUCUUCCUGAGCUUAUAUUUUUUGGUCUUUCUCUAUUCUCUCAUGCCUCUAAUACUUCCAGGAUAGAGAUUAUGGCAAAGGGUACACUACCUUUGGUAAAAAUGAUCAACAACCUAUUACAGGAUAGAGAAUAAGACACUUGGAUCUCCGUUCGUUGCAAGUUAAAUUUGAUGGUGGUCUCCAUUUUUCCAGCAAAAUCCGAAUAAUCGAAUGAAUUGCCUGUUAUGCAAAUUUUUAUUGAUUUUAUCUUUCCGAAUUUGCAUUGAUUCCUUGAAGGAGCAGAGUACCUAAAUGACUGAACUUCUGUUUCAUUGUACAUAACAACAUGAGAUAAUGAAUUUGCAUCCUGUACCCUUCCGUGUGGAAUCCCUAUUGAUAAGCUGUGUGAUAAUUUGCUGUAUAGUUUUGUUCCUU